CGCCUCCUCUCCCCCGCCGGCCUCCCCGCCCAGGACCCAGUGAUUUUUAGCAUGGGAGAAGUUUCAGCUGGAGUAACUUGUCCAGUUUUGCACAUAAUGUUCAGAAAAGAGGAAUGUAUGUGAGCUUGGAGGAGUCUUAGUGGAGAGGAGAAUUACUGAUAGAAAUCAUCUCAAGAAGAUGAAAUCUAACAAAGGAAAGGCCUGCACUAGGGAGAGAGACUUCGUAUACAAAUUCAGUGCUGGAAAUCAAGAUUUGGUGCUUACAGUGCCUCUCAGAUUCCCUGUGCAAGAGAACAUUAAUCACCUGCAUGGGCGUCUAAUACUUCUGCACAAUCUACCGUGCUUUAUAGAAAAUGACCUGAAGCAAUUACUUAAUAAGUUCAUAGAAGAGGAAACUAUAAAAGAUUAUGAUAGAGAAGCUGAAAUGGCUCUGGAAGCUGUGAAAUCGGGUAAAGUAGAUAUAAACCAGUUGGCAGAUACUUGGGCUAAAGCUUAUAAAGAGACAACAUUAGAAUAUGCAAAACCUGAAGAAACCAGUUGGGAUGAAGAUUUUGCAGAUGUUUAUCAUGAUCUGAUACAUUCUCCAGCUUCUGAAACACUAUUAAACCUGGAACACAAUUAUUUUGUUAGUAUCUCAGAAUUAAUAAGUGAAAGAGAUGUGGAACUGAAAAAACUACGAGAAAGACAAGGAGCAGAAAUGGAUAAGGUGAUGCAGGAGCUAGGGAAAUCACUAACGGACCAAGAUGUAAAUUCAUUAGCGGCUCAACAUUUUGAAUCUCAGCAGGAUUUGGAGAACAAAUGGACUAGUGAAUUAAAACAGUCUACUGCUAUCCAGAAGCAGGAAUACCAGGAGUGGGUGAUAAAACUUCAUCAGGACCUAAAGAAUCCCAACAACAGCUCUAUCAGUGAUGAAAUUAAGGUUCAGCCUCAGUUGAGAGAAUCUGUAGAAGGAAAUGGAAGAAUUUAUGAAGAGCAAAGACUAUUAGAAGAAAGUUUUACUAUUCACUUAGGCGCUCAGUUGAAGACUAUGCAUAAUUUAAGGUUACUGAGAGCUGAUAUGUUGGACUUCUGUAAACAUAAGCGUAAUCAUCGAAGUGGAGUAAAACUUCACAGGCUUCAAACUGCAAUGUCUCUCUAUUCAACUUCUCUCUGUGGCCUGGUUUUAUUAGUCGAUAACCGUAUCAGUUCAUAUAGUGGCAUCAAAAGAGAUUUUGCAACUGUUUGCCAAGAAUGCACGGAUUUCCAUUUUCCUGGAAUUCAAGAACAGCUUGAAAUUGUCCAGAAGGUUGUACUUAAGGCCAGAGCACAGCGUAGCAGUAAGUCGAAAAGACGUCAUGGAAACAAAAAUAGUGGGAAUGAAGAUAAAUCCAAGAGUAUUGAACGAAACCAGUCAAAUAUUUUGCCAGGAGAAUUCUACAUCACACGCCAUUCAAAUCUGUCCGAAAUUCAUGUUGCUUUUCAUCUCUGUGUGGAUGAUAAUGUAAGAUCUGGUAAUAUAACCGCUCGGGAUCCUGCAAUCAUGGGACUCAGAAAUAUUCUCAAAGUUUGUUGCACACACGACAUCACUACAAUUAGUAUUCCUCUCCUACUGGUACAUGAUAUGUCAGAAGAAAUGACUAUUCCAUGGUGCUUGAAGAGGGCAGAGCUUGUGUUCAAGUGUGUCAAAGGUUUCAUGAUGGAAAUGGCCUCAUGGGAUGGAGGAAUUUCUCGAACUGUACAAUUCCUGGUACCACACACAAUUUCUGAAGAAAUGUUUUACCAGCUGAGUAAUAUGCUUCCCCAGAUCUUCCGAGUGUCCUCUACAUUGACUCUCACCUCUAAGCACUGAAUUUUGUGCAACAGUAAGGUAUAUCCUGUUGAAAAAGGUUGAAAUUACUGAGAUUCUGUAGUAGAAUGUCUCUCUUCUGUGGAUUGAUGGCCCUGAGUUGGAAUUUGUUGCAAUUUCAAGAAUAAUAUCAAAAUGAAAGAUAUAUGCUGUCUGUACUUGGAUGUUGGCAUUUGAUUUUUUUGCCUGUUGCAUGUUUCAGUGCAGUGUUAAUGUUGAAUUCCUCACUUUUUUUCUGGAAGACAUUGAAUGUAACUAAUUGUAUUUAAUCCACAGAAACAUAAGUGGUUGCUAUAAUUAAUAACUUGUAGUAGGAAUAGGAUCUUCUGUUGGUGGGAGUGCAUCUUUGGGCUGUUGGAUUUUUGAAAACAUUUUCUGAAUUUAUCCAGUGGCAUUACCAAAAAAAAAAAAAUGUCUCCUUAGAAUAACUUGACGUAAUUUGUUGCAGUUGUCUUUCCAAGGUCACAGCAGCCAGCAAAUAAAACAUAUUACACCAGUACUUUACCAUUUAACUAUUACAAAAUGAAAGAUAUGAAACAAUCGAUUAACCUGCUGCAUUUUGUAAAUCACUGAAGAUAAGUAAUAUGCUUAUAACAAUGAUUAGUAUUCUUAAUUGUUCUUUCUUUUUGCUAUUUUUAGUUUGUUAUCUUUAUACUUUAUUUUAAGAUUUGACAUUGACAAAUCUGUCACAUGAACAACUCAAUAGGAAUGCUAUAGUGUCCUGAACUCUGUACAGGUAUAUUUUGCUGCCUAGAGUCCAAAUGUUUUAUGACUAAACAGUUCUGUCAGAAAAUGCCAAUGUGUCUAGUCAAGAUGCUUCCAUAAAACAUCUUGGGACAAACUUUAAUCCUGUCAAAAAAAGAAAGAAAACCAAAAAGUCUAUAACCCUGUGGACGGAGGGAGGGAAAGUAAAUCUGCUUAUCUCCUGGCUUGUAUAGUUAGUCUUUUUAAAGUCAGCUGUGGACCCAGGAGAUUGGAAACAAUCCUUCAACCUGGAGACUGAUCACAGGAAAAGUCCUAUCUGAAACUGGGAUUCUCAGGGUCCCCAGAACAGUCAGGCCUGCAGCCAAGCAGCUGAGGUAGCAGAGGUCCCAGAUGAAUUUCUGCACUCCACAGAACUCCACUGUUCUCUCUUUCUAUGUAUUGCCAAAAUUUUACACUUCAAAACUGCAGAUCCUGGAAGUUGACUAAAAAUCAAAUGACUUGCUGUCAUCAAUGUGAUUUUUUUUUUUUUUAAAUACAGUUCAAUAAAUGUGAAGAAUGUAAAUCACUUUUCUGGGGAAAUUGUAAAAUUAAUUAUUUAAAAUUUUUGUAGAGAAUCAGAAUAUUAAUCCAGUUCAUGAUGUUUAUAAAGGCACUGUGUAAUUAACAAAACUCUUUCCUUAAUGUUUUUGUUGAGUCCUGCAUGCUGUACAGAAGCCAUGUAAGUGACCCAGCAAACACCUAUUGCUGAACUGUCAAACGCUAUUUUUUCUGUGCCAGCAACUCCUAAAGAAGAAUCAUGCGAGUAAUGUGACCUGAUUUGGUGUUCUAGAAAAGAAGGAUGUAAAUUCAUCUAGAAGGAGCUGGAUUAAUCCUGUUAGAGCUCAUUUUACAUUGCUGGCCUUAAGCUGAGAUCAAACUCUAGUUCCAGAAAAGCAAGUGCUGUAACCACUAUUCUGUUUAUGAAAGAUACAGUGGCGGAAGUAUUCCUUUUAUAAGUUGUAGGACUUGUCUGU